GAGAUGCAUAAGAAUUACAUCAUACAGGCUAUCCAGUCAGAUUUCCUCCAGGCAGGGGAGCUGGAUGUACUGACCGCCGUAUUGAAAUGGGGCGAACAUCAGUUAAUCAAACGUAUGGAAGAAAGGGAACCCAACUUAGUUAGUCAUACUGCACAUAGUGUCAGUAAGAAAGGCAUCAAAAAACGAGAUUUAAACGACGGCGAAUUACGAGACAUUUUACUAGAAAUUCUACCUCAUAUUCGAACCGAUCAUAUCCUUCCAACCAAUCAUGAGACACUUCUGAGCGCAAUCAAGCGGGGAUUGAUAAGCACGGCUCCAUCACAUAUGAUCGGAGAUGAUUUUGGUGGAAGUAGAUUGAGUGCAUGGAUUCGUGGGAAGAGCAGCGGAAUGUUCAUAAAGCCAAGAUUCUUUGUGCCUUACUAUGAGGAAGUGAAGGCUAUUUUAGAUGAACAGUUAUCGCAGGCCCAGGAGCAAGAUGUUGUUCGCCUUCGUACUGUCCAUAUGUCAAAUAUUCCCGAUACGCUAUAUAUGCUGGAAGAGAAGUAUUCCAGCCAAUCAGGGGCUGCGUACCAUUCAGCCAAUCACCACUCACCCGUUUGUACUGUGGAUAUCAUUGCUGGAACUAUUCCAGUACCAGAUCCGGAAACUUUGAAGUCUAUGAUGGCAAGGGAGCUGGAACUCCAAGCCACGAAACUAGCUCAGAGAGCUUACUCCUUCCCAUGUUGCGAUCGUCAUCAGGUGGCACUCCAACUCCAGUUACGGGUCGUCCGGGAAUAUAACCUACCCGAUACAACAGUCGAGGUCUUGUAUCGCCAUGGCAAAUGUUUGUAUAGUCAUAAUAAUAAAAACUAUGAGUCACAAUCACAUGAUUCAAAAGCUGAUCACGGAAGACACGUGUAUAAACACUCUCGAUCAAAAUCACCGCAAAAACAGCAUUCCUGUAAAGCAAGGCAUGAUAAGUAUACGGAACAUUCCAGAAUAAUAGAUCGUAUUCGACCUGCUAAAGUGCCACCUGUACCUAGUAAACGGAGCGUGUCUCUGCCGACAUCGCCAGUGACGGGGGCAAGUCCAUAUAUACCAAAUGAGAAUAAUGCCAGUAGCCCUUGUAGCGAUGGAGUGCUAAGUGACAUCAUGCCUGAUAUCGCUAUGGCAACCUCAUCUAUAGGUCAGAUGUCAAUACAAGAGCCUGAAAUGGACUUAGACCUUGGAGACGGGCGCACUAGUCACAACAGUACAUCAUGUACAUUAUAUCUAUAGCACUGGGUUGUACCUAGGCAGUGAUUGGUUGCUGCACUGCCCAUGGCAAUUGCCUUCUAUAAGUAUUCUUGGCAAUGGACAAAAAUGUGAAAAAAUGAAUGGAAAAAGCUGGUUCCUGAUUGGGCUAUAGUCUCUGUAACCUGGCAACCAUGUCAACAACCUUAUUAAAGAGCCAUUUACCUAUGAUGGAAUGAUGGAAAUGAUCAUGAAUCAGAAAAUUGACACAAAAUUAUGAUAAAUUAUAAGUAUAUGUAUGUCUCAACUGUAUGAAAAUAGACAAGAAAUUAGAUAUUCAUUGAAUAUUUCAGAAAUAGACAAAUAUGAUAAUUUGAUAGUUCUAUAUAGAUACCUGAAACUUCCAGGUGAUAACUUAGUAAAAUCGGAAUUCUGUAUUCCGAAUGAUGAAAAGCAUGGCAAGUUUUUGAAGUUUCUGCACAAUUUUUACAAGAGUGAUUGUUGGACUUCCCACGUGUUUAUUUUCAAUAUAAAACAUGAUUAUCACAAGAUUCACAUUUUUUCACAUUUUCAGUGGCAUAAUCUGCACAGAUUUACACAAAAUGGAGUGUUUUAUAUGGGUAAAAGCAAGAGACGAAGUGCAUAUAUGUAAAUUAGUAUGGAGCACACAGAAAUUCAUUUAAUAAUUGGAGAUAAAAAUAAAAAUGCAAUGUUUUAAAAGAAAAAAUGAACUACUUAACCUUAUAAAUUUCAAAGCUGUAUGAUACGCACAUUGUCACGAUGUUUUCUCAUAAUAUCAAGCUAGGACAUUUACAGACAUAUGAAAUAAAAAUUAAAUUA